GCUUACGCGCUCCUCCUAGGAACCUUUGAGCAGGGAGCGAAUUUGGAGCGAACACGCUGUGGCUGACGAGGAGGAAAUGUUAUCGGGGGUGACACUAGGAAAGGUAGCCUCUCAGGUCUUUAGGGCGCCAUGGCGACCAUUGUUGGGCGUGUCCUCGGCGCGUGCUUACCGUGGCGAUUCCCCCGAUGAUUCCGGGAAGGACCUGAUUGAGAUUCAGAUCCCGCCCUGGGAGGCGCGGUGCAACGAAACAAUCGAGACAAAGAGAGCCAGGCUGCUGUAUGAGAGCCGGAAGAGAGGCAUGCUGGAGAACUGCAUCAUACUGAGCCUUUUUGCGAAGCAGUACCUGCACACCCUGAACGAGGCACAGCUGCACACCUACGACCAGCUCAUCAACGAGCCCAGCAAUGACUGGGACAUCUACUACUGGGCAACUGAGAUGAAGCCCACUCCAGAGGAGUACUGCAGUGAUGUGAUGGAGCUGCUGAAGGAAUACACCAAGAACCGCAACAUGGAGCAGAGACUGAGACAGCCUGACCUGGAGUACCUGUUUGAGAGCAAGAACUGAGCACUGCUGUCCUGCACACACUCACACUGACACACACACGCACACGGAGACACACCUCUCCUCUCCUGUUUGUCUUGCUCGGGUUCAAGCUGCACGUUGUGAGAGGUUCCGAUUCCUUCCUGCUGGAGGAUGUAUUUGUCAAAUAAAGACCCUUUUAUCUGCCUGUAUAAUGCCAGCCAGUCACACUGGA